AUGUUUGGAACUUUUUGGCAAGAAUCUAAUCAAACAUUUCAAAUUGAUGAAUCGUCAACGUACUUCCUCUACGUUGCUUGUUGGAGAAUGAUCUAUUUUGGAUUUUGGGCAGGAUGGUUUUUGGUCGUACUCAUUCUGCACAUCUUUUUGACUACUCCCAAUAAACGUAAAACGUCAAUUUAUCGUUUACACUUGAUCAUCUUACCGCUCACGAUCAUCUUCAAUAUCGAUCAAAUCAUAUUUUGGUACAAGUCCUUCAGCUACGCUUGGCUCGAACCAGGCAAGGGGCUUGGAAACAAGGCUACAGUGAAUUAUUUGAUAAUUACGAAUGAAUUGCUGAUACAUCUUCUGCCUUUGCUGGCAGAAUCGACGCUCUUACUUCAAAUCGCUUCCUUUUUUCCUCGACCACUCUAUUCGACUCGGUUUCGAUUUGGAAUCUUUACACCUUUUGCAUCUUUGUUAGCAGCUCGCUUGACACUCAGCAUUGUCAGUGCAACAUUUGUCAUUCGAGCUUGGAACACAACAGAAACAGUUUCCAACGAUCCUUUUCCAGUGAUCAAGUACACCCAAUGGUUGGAGAAAGCUCGAAUUACUGCUUUGAACGAAUAUAUUUUGGGUAUGGUUUAUAAUUCGUCUGCAUCUGCAUUUCUACUGUACAAAGCGUACAACUUUGUUCGUUCAAGCAAAAUCUCAAAUCGUUCUCCGAUCGAACGAAAAUUACGAUUUUUAACGGAGGCUAUCUUUAUGUGCUUCUUGCCUCCUGCCGCAUUAACGAUCGCAGGAGUUUCGACGAGAAUAAAACAUUCUUCCGUUAUGAGUACACGACUUUAUCAACAACAACAGAUCACUUCUGGACUCGUCAAUGCUUCUGUACUUUUUGCUCUUCUUGCAACGACUUGGUCAAGCGUACGCACAUUUGCAGACGAAAAGAUUGCAAGUCAAAGAUACGCACAAAAUGAACGGGAAAGCAUUAUAUUGGUUGGAAGUGAUAUCGAUAAUCAUCUUUUUCACAUCGAUCCUGUCGAAGUUUACGAUUUACACAAAUGCGUUUGGCGUUUGGUGUGCAAUUCAAGUUGGCUUGGAACGUUUACGAUUACGUUUAUCCUGUUCAUCUUGCUCUCAACGAGAAGACAAAGAAGAUCGAUCUUGUUUUCGAUUCAAUGCGCUUUGAUUAUUCUAGCAAUUGCAUACAAUUCAAGUGCUUUGGCAAAUGCUGAUCUACGUUUCAAGAUGGCUUGGAUCAAAGAAGAAAAUCGAAGCAAGUAUUGGAGCAUCGCUCGAUUGGACGUAGCAAAUUUGAGCUUAGAACAUUGGAUCACAAUCCUGGCAGAUGGAAGUUUACUCUUUCACAUCAUACCAACGUUUUUUCCUGCCAAGCACUUUAACAAACAACAACGAUUGAUUUACAUGUUUCCAUUCUUGAUCAUCAUGACGGCUAGAGUUGCACUCACGAUUGCCAACUCAUACUUCACCUGGGCAUCCGAAAAAGAGAUCGAAUGGGUUCCAAAUCGCUCGAUUCCAUUGCCAAGUGGCACACGAUGGGAAAGUCCGAUGGACAAUACGGCAAAAGCUGAAUAUGUUCUCGCGGGUAUUUAUGGGAUCUUAAUUUCGGCUUUCUUGCUCUUCAAAUCUUACACAAUCUCUGAAGCGAAAUCAAAGAUCGACAACGAAGUUUCUGGACCAGUUUACCCGGUCAAUAUUGCUUUCAAGACUGCAAAGAUGGUUCAAGAAGCUGUACUAAUGUGUUACACACUACCAAUCGCUUUUCGAUUCGUCGUUGUUGGACUCUUGGAUUGUUCGCACAAAUAUUGUUAUGACCGCGAAAUAAGUUUGACGAUCAUCAAUACUUCAGUCAUUUGUUCAAUCUUUGCAACUACAUGGUCAACAAUUCGGCCAAUUCGUUCAAAGGAUGAAAUCGAGAAAGAUCGUGAAAAUGCUCAACAAGAUAUGAACCCGGCUUACAAAUCUUUUGCUUUCAGUGGCGGUGAUGUUCAAGAAAGUUCAAAUGCCGAUACUUUGGUCAAUUGA